GCUACUGCCAACAACAGAGAGGAGAGGAGAGGAGCUGACAUCCGAGCCCGAUGCUCCCUGCUGAGGAAAGUGUUAGCGAGCGCAGAUGGACGUUCACCGGAGCUGGUAUCGAUCCUUCUAAGAUGAAGAAUUAACAGAAGCUCAGAUUGCGCUGUAAAUGUAUCGGCAUCAGAGAGCUCAGUAUGAAGAAGUCGGUGCGACCAGCGGUGAGUAAGGUGAGCGGAGAACGAGGGAAGGCUGAGGCGGCAGCCACCGCUGGCACUGGGAAGCCUGCGGCCAAGACCAGCACCACAGCGCCUCUGUCCAAGGUCAAAAGCAAUGAUGAUCUCCUAGCCGCUAUGGCUGGAGGGAAUCCUGCAUCGAGCAGCGCUGUCACCAAAAGCAAAAGGACUGCUUCCACUGGGACUAGUGCUAACAACUUAGACGGCAGACCAAAGACAACAUCAGGUACUUCAUCCAAACGUACAACAUCUUCAACUUCCAAAGAGCCGACUUCAUCGCGAGACCGUCUUCGGACUUCCAGGACAUCAGCUGCUAAAAAGCAGUUGGUAUCGGGGUCUGCAGCGGGGGAUGUGGCGUCAGGGAAACGCUCACGCAGCCAUAUCUUGACAGAGUCUGAAGGCCGUAUGAGCAAAUCUAAAUCAGAUGGUCAGAUUAGUGAUAAGGUGGCUUUGGAGACUAAAGUGAAAGACCUGCUAGGUUUGGCUAAAAGCAAGGACGUGGAGAUCCUACACCUGCGCAGCGAGCUGAGGGAUAUGAGGGUCCAGCUUGGUUUGGGAGGGAAAGACACCCCGCCACAGGAAGAGGCUGAGGAAGAGGAAAAGCCCCAGGUUUCAGCCAUCACUGCAGCUGAUGUGGAGUCCACUCUGAUUCUCUUACAAGAGCAGAACCAGGCCAUCAGAGAGGAACUCAACCUGCUAAAGAGUGAGAACCGCAUGCUGAAAGAUAGACUUAAUGCACUAGGCUUUUCUCUGGAGCAGAGACUGGACGCCUCUGACAAACUGUUCAACUAUGCCUCUCUGAGCCCAGACCUGGCAACAGGCAGUGGGCAGAGCGAUGGCGGAGGCACAGGUACACUGACCUCCUCAGUGGAAGGCUCCGCCCCCGGCUCGUUGGAGGACCUGCUCACAGGACACCAGCAUGGAGGCUCAGCGGACAACCUUGACAGUGAAUCCAGCGAGGUCUACCAAGCCGUCACCUCCAGCGAUGACGCUCUGGAUGCCCCCUCCGGAGCUUCCUCGUCGUCUGAGUCGGAGUGUGCACCCAGCAGGGAUCGCUCACGCAGAGGCAGCAGCGGCAAUGCCAGUGAGGUGUCUGUGGCCUGUCUGACUGAGCGAAUCCACCAGAUGGAAGAGAACCAGCACAGCACUGCUGAGGAGCUCCAAGCCACACUACAGGAGUUGGCCGACCUGCAGCAAAUCACCCAAGAGCUGAACGGGGAGAACGAGCGGCUCGGAGAGGAGAAGGUCAUCCUCAUGGACUCUCUGUGCCAGCAGAGUGACAAACUGGAGCUCUACGGUCGCCAGAUUGAGUACCUUCGCUGCCUGCUGGACGAGCAUCACAUAUCUUAUGUUCUCGAGGAGGACAUCAAGAGUGGCCGCUACAUGGAGCUGGAGCAGCGCUACGCUGACCUAGCAGAUAAUGCCCGCUUUGAGCGAGAACAGCUGCUGGGCGUUCAGCAACACCUGUCCAACACAUUAAAGAUGGCUGAACAGGACAACGCUGAGGCCCAGGAGAUGAUCGGAGUGCUGAAGGAGAGGAACCACCAGAUAGAGCGCACGCUGGAUUCAGAGAGACAGGAUCGCUCUGCCAUGGCAGCCGCACUUGACGAGUACAAGGCGGCAGUGAGCAGUGACCAGGCGGAGCUGAGCCGCUGCCGAGCCCAGCUGGACCAGGAGAGGCAGAGGGUGGCUGAGCUGUACUCUCUUCACACUGCGGGGGACAAAAAUGACAUCUGCCAGCUGCUGGAAGGUGUUCGUCUGGGGAAGGAGGAGGCUGAAGCCAAGGCUGCAAAGAUGCAGGAGGAGCUGGAGGAAGCCCACGGUGAACUCCACAGCCUGCAGGAGACUUUCACUAAGCUGGACGGGCAGUACAGGGAUUUCCAGGAGCAGGUGCAGCAGCAGAUGGGGGAGCAGGAGCGUGCUCUGGAGAAGCAGCGUGUGGAGCUGCAGGAGAAAGAGACGGAGAUCGCCGACAUGAAGGAAACCAUAUUUGAGCUGGAGGAUGAGGUGGAGCAGCAUCGAGCGCUUAAACUCCACGACAACCUCAUCAUCACAGACCUGGAGAACUCUGUGAAGAAGCUGCAGGACCAUAAACACGACAUGGAGAGGGAGAUCAAGAUUCUUCACCGCAGACUGAGGGAGGAGUCAAUGGAGUGGCGUCAGUUCCAGGCCGAUCUGCAGACGGCUGUUGUCAUUGCUAAUGACAUCAAGUCGGAAGCCCAGGAGGAGAUUGGAGAUUUGCGGCGCCGGUUGCAGGAAGCGCAGGAGAAGAACGAGAAACUGAGCAAGGAGCUGGAUGAGGUCAAGAGCCGCAAGCAGGAUGAGGAGAGAGGCCGAGUGUAUAACUACAUGAAUGCAGUGGAGAGAGACCUAGCUGCUCUCAGACAGGGGAUGGGUCUCAGUCGGCGCUCUUCCACCUCCUCAGAGCCUUCGCCCACUGUCAAAACACUCAUCAAGAGCUUUGACAGCGCCUCACAAGAUUUUGUUACCUCAAGUCCAGCCACCAACGGUGCCACUGUGGCUCCAACAGCCUCAGCUGCCCCACUCCCACGCACCCCCCUCAGCCCCAGUCCCAUGAAGACGCCUCCAGCAGCGGCUGUUUCACCCAUACAGAGACACUCCAUAAGUGGAUCUAUGUCUGCAACCAAGCCACUCUCCUCACUGAGUGACAAGAGACCCAGCUACACAGACAUCACCAUGCCAGCUGAGCACCUUCUCAGGGGAACCUCGGCCAGCCGACCACAAUCGGCCCUCCAGAGAGUCUCCAACAUGGACACCACCAAAGCAAUCUCAGUGUCCCGCAGGAGCAGUGAGGAAAUAAAGAGGGACAUGUCCGCUCCGGACGGGGCCUCCUCAUCCUCCCUAAUGGCUUUGAGCGCAGCUUCCUCUCCGCUCUCGCUGUCCUCCUCCUCUCCCACUGCCUCCAUCACCCCGACAGCACGCAGCCGCUUGAGAGAGGAGAGAAAGGACCCAUUGUCAGCACUGGCCAGAGAGUAUGGAGGCUCCAAAAGAAAUGCUCUGCUAAAGUGGUGCCAGAAGAAGACCGAGGGCUACCAGAACAUCGAUAUCACCAACUUCAGCAGCAGCUGGAAUGACGGCCUGGCUUUUUGUGCCGUGCUGCACACGUACCUGCCUGCGCACAUCCCCUACCAGGAGCUCACCAGCCAGGACAAGAGGAGAAAUUUCACCUUAGCGUUCCAGGCUGCAGAGAGUGUGGGCAUCAAAUGCACUUUGGACUUAAAUGAGAUGGUGCACACGGAGAGGCCUGACUGGCAGAGCGUCAUGACGUACGUCACCGCCAUCUACAAGUACUUUGAGACCUGACGUCACCGGUUCUCCCUCCUGAGCUCUCGGCAAACCUUUCAACGCUACAACAUCAUCUGACCUCUCCCCCCCCACACCACAGUGGCAACCAGUCGCACUGCAUGCUGGUCCUUAGUAUUUAGCAACCUGUAAAUGCAGACCUGAAGCUCACUGGACGCGACAGCUACACUAACCUCCCACUGCAGCAGAGGGAGGAGCUUUGUUCAGCGUCAUGGUCCAAGGGCUUGUGUUCAUGUCUGUCAUCAGAACUGACUCCAAGUGACUGUGAAGUGAGGGAGGGACUUGGAGAGGAAACCAAGUGUCAGUGCCUUACCUGGCUCUACCAUUGAGGGUUUGCUUCACACUUUCAGCAGUUUCUCGUCUGUUGAAGGGGAAUUCCAGCGAGCCUGGCCUGAAGAGUGCUACUAAGAGAAAAUGACUUAUUAAGUGUGUUUUUCUUUCUUCUUUUUUUUUUGCUUUAUUAUGAAUAUUAUGUUUAAAGACAGAAACAUUAGCAAUGCUGGGAUUCCCCCACAAUCCUGAACAUCCCCCUGUGGAAGGAAUUCAGACUGACACGUUGUUUUCCUUUGUUUGUUUGUUUUUGCACCAAAUCAUCCAUCAUUUUUUUUGUUUUUUAUGAGUGCGGACGCCUCUCUUUCAGUGAUAAAGUGCCUGCAGGGGAGUAAGAAAUGAGGCACAGUCUGUGGGACGAACCUCUUUUCUCACUACAGUCUGUGAAGCUGAAGAACAGAGGAGUCUUUGCCAAAAUGUGUUCAAAGAGCCUUUUCCAUUGUUGAUUUCUGAACCAGUGACUGACUGAUUUCCGAGCACAGACGUAAGCUACACAUUUCAUUAAGCUGCCACAACGUACCCUAAAUGCGCUGUGGACUCGUAGUAAUUUGACAUACAUGGAGUUUUAACACUAGCCUUUACAUGCGAGUGCAUCUCACACUCACUACAGCUGCACAUACAGUGAACUGCAUCGUUACAUCGUAACCAAAGUGUGAGUGAGUAGAGUUUAGAUUCAGUGUGUUUUGUUCCGUUUAAAUAGACGACACACGCGUUGUGUCGCGCUGGGAUCGUAGUCAUUGGUUGGAGGACUCCUGUCUGUACAAUGACGCGGCAUCUGUUCACAAAGUACCGUACGUUAUUCUCUUCCUUGCAGAGAUUCAGACGACAAUGGAUGCAACUCAUGCCCGUACAGUUGCAGUGGGUUGUCUUAGCAUAGCAUAGCAUAGCAUAAAAACACGGUGGCGACAGAAACUACCUUACAUUCACUUCAAAAUGAUAUAAUUAUAUGUAAAAAAUGACACGGUGUCAUUUAUUGACUGAAUAUGUGCGCUUUUUUUUUUGUUUAAUCCGCUUUUUAACUGCGCUGUUCCGGACAUGAUGCUAAGCUAAGGUAAUUGGCUGCAGAAUGGCCGUAGUAUUGAUCUUCUCGUCCAACUAUCGGAAAGAAAGAAGAAGAAAAAAUUGUAUUCCUCAAAACACUGCGAAAACCUUUAUAAUUUUUUACAUGUUUAAUGACUCGCUGCGUUCAUGCUGAUGCUGUAAUUGGAGAAGUGUUAGUCUGACGAUCACACAGAGCAACAAUGUAGCACACAGUUGUCAUUUCACCUGAUUUCAGUCAGCUGUUACUCGCUUCAAUGCUGCCGACUGCUGCCUCAUGCAAAACCAACUUCACUACAUAUUUAUUUGCACGGUUUCCAAUCAUUGUAGUUAGGUCACUGCUUUCCUCGUGUGUGUGUCUGAAGUGUAUAUGAAUUUAUUAGACGUGACAGUAAGUAGCUGCACUGAGAUAAGCUUUUUUUAUAUUCCACACUAACUCCCUGCCUUAACAGCUGAUCCUGGUGAAACUGUGACGCGUCGUGAUCAGACUCUGGCGAUCUUUUCCUCGCCGCGCCCGUGUGAGGGCGCAGGGAUUUUCCUGAAACAAGGUCAUUUUGGUCAAAACUGUUUUGGGAAGUUUGGUUGAAGUCCCUCACGUGUGGUGGAGGUGACCGCACGCCCAUGUGGAGCAGGUGGCAUCGAUAACACAUUUUUAUUCCCAGCCACCAACACCAAUGGAGAGUGUGACUGAGUUAUUUAAUGCCAUUUAAAAUUGUCAACUCUCUGUUGAUGGAUUUUGUGAUGCCGAGGAUCAUCAGCCAGCAGUUUUAUUGCGUUCUGCUCAAUUCCAUCGCUGGGCCCCACGUGUUUUAUCGCUCCCGUCAGGAUCAUCUGAGAGCCUCAGAAAGAUUUGAAGCCUCUCUCGCCUCGAAGCGGAAUGUGUUCUGAUCAUGCUUUCAGUGAUCCCGGGACUUUACGAGGUUCCACCGUACGCUGAUGUGGAGUGAUUGAUGAACACUGAGCCUCAGAGACUGGCCAAACGCUCCGUAGCACAUUCCACCUCAAUGCGAUGCAGCCGUGAGGGACAUGAGACCUGUGUGUGGCUUCACCACAAAGCAAAUGUGAACCAUGUCCAUAAAGACUCUGUUGGGUCUACUUCAUUAUGCUACACAUAUUUUAUGUUUGUUUACUUGAAAAAGCUCUGAGAAUUCCACUGAAUCCGCUUUAGUUUGUCUUUUUGCCUUUUUUCUGCGCCACGUUUGGUGUAGAGUUGUUUUUUUUCCUUAUCACUACACACAGUGCUCAAAUGUUCACAUGGCAAAGAUAAAGCUAUUUGUGCAUGUGUGUGAGGGUGUGUGUUUGUGUGUGUGUGUGCGCGUGUGGAAAGGGACUAAGCUACAGUAUUAAGUGCACACUUUGAUGAUAAUCAUUUGUUUUUUGUUAUUUCAAAGAAAGCUCAUCUGGUUUUAUGUUGCUUUAAUAGUUUUUUCUGGCAAUUAUAAUAAUAAUAAUAAUAAUAAUAAUAAUAAAAGACCAUUUGAAACA